AGAUGGCAAUGGAGGAAAUGAAUUUUAAAUGACAUUCGUGCAUCAAGAGAUUUGUAGGCGUCUAGAAGUUCAUCAACUAACUGUUGGUAGUUUGGAUCCAUAUUGUUGCCAAAAAAUCCCCUCACUACUCUAAAAAAUGCUCCAAGUUCCUGUCUGGUGAGCUUUUUUUGCAAAAUUAUCAUCGUCCAGCAAUUUUUUUAUUUGUGGCCCCAUAAAAAUACCUUCCUUUAAUUUGGCAUCACUCAACUGGGGAAAGACUACUCUAACGUAUUUGAAUCCAUCAUCCUCUUCAUCCAUAGCUUUUAAAAAGUUUUUCAUCACUGUCCCAUAGACAAAGAAAAGAGCAAUGUUUCGUAAACCCUCCCUGAAGACCCAUUAAAAUUCCAAACACCUUUAGGUACCCACAUAUCUACCACUUAUACUUGUAGUUAAUUUUGUCUAAAGCAAGCGAAUAUUUUCAUAAGUUUCUUUCAUCUUCACAGAAUGAACAACUGGUAUAGACGGUUUUAAAUUUCCAUUGUGUAAUAGCACUGCUUUCAAACUGUAUUUAGACUACUCUAUAAAUAGGCGCCAGUCAGUGAGAUUAUGCUCAUUAUUAAGUUCCUUUAUUCCAUUCUGUAGAAUACAGAAAAUGUAACAUUUCUUUUUCUAAAGGUCAUAAUUUUUGUCUCUUUAAUAAUAAGCUCCAUUCCUUAAGACGGGAAGCAAGAAGUUCGGACUGUUGUUUUGAUAACACCACGUGCUAAAUCAUUCAACUCACUUUGAACAAUCAAAUGUGGCUCGCCGGAACUGGUACUUGGAGUAAAAUAGUAUCUUCUAAAACAAUAUUUUGUGGAUCUAAAGGCGCAAUUGGUCCUGGUAAAUCUUCGUUAUGGGGAAUAGGUCGUAUAGCAAACGGCAAAUAUGGAUACUCGAUUUUGUGCUUUCCUUUCUUAGAAUAACCUUCAGUCUUUGUUAGACAAAAAUAGCAGUCGUCAAAAAGGUUAGUAGGUUCCCACCAUACCAUUGGAAUUGCAAAAGACUUGCUUUUCGUCCCAUUCAUCCACUGCACUAAUGACACUUUACAACUAACACAGCACGCUUGGGGGCCCACUGCUCGUCUUGAUCUCUAAUUAAAGUACUAAAAUAUUUGAAAUAGGCUUUUUUCACAUUUUCGGAAAAUGGCCUGGCUUGCGAUUUCACCAUAAAUUCUUACCAAAUUAGCAAAAUUUGUCACAAGUUUUGCAACUACGGCGCGUUUGACUCCACAUUUUCGUCUUUAUAAUCACUUUUUGCACUUUGAACAGAGAAACACUUAGUAAGAAACUCAACAGAAUACUAAUUUUUAAGUUAUUUUUAUGUUUAUUAUUCUGAAUAAUACAGUUCAGAUAUUUUUUUGGCCAUAAAAUUUACCGAUAUUAACCACCCCUUUAUAAAAUUACAUACCUGCUAAUGUAAACAGGGAUAAUUAAGCUAUUGAAAGGUGGUAUGUGUUAGGGCUUAAUUAAUACUUUUUCUAUUUUUGGACAGGUAUUUCCAUUUUUAAAAUAAUUGUCUCGCCUGUGUUACGAAAAUCUUGUUGGUCAGUGUAAUUGUCAAAAAGUGUGGUUAAUCGUUUAAAAGCUAACCUUACUUAGUCUCAGAAAACUUUAUUUAUUGUGGUGAUUUAAACGAUGCAUUAAGUUAUUGAAAAUGGGGAGGCAAAAAAAUACUCCUAAAAAGAAUGAAAUAAUAGAAGUUGAUCGAAGAUGCCUUGAUUACAUUCCUGUAGUUACGAAGAGAAAAUGGAGAAAUACUUCUAAAAGGGAAAAAACAUAUAACAUUUUAGCACCUACGAACCCAAAAUAUUAUUUAGGAAACUUGUUUGUUGGUCAAACAAAUAAUAUAUUUCCUGAAGAAUAUACCACAGUAAAGAUUUCAUUCAACUUUGCCAAAAAUGAUUCCGAAAAUUUAGAAUCCUGUGAUAACAUUAUAUUGCUUUGUGGUACUACUUCAGUUAUAAUUAGAAGUUGUAGCGAUACAGUUUUCUUAAAAGACUUAGCUUCCUAUGGAAAAUCAUUUUUCUUUGAAUUUGUACCGCACAACGAAAACGUAUGGUUGAAGGUUUAUUUGAGAACUUUACCACUGGAAAAGUUUUACCUAAAGCUUGGUAAUUGCUUGAAGAGAUUAUUUUUAAUGCUUUAUGGUGAACGAUGCUCUGCUAAAUUUGAUGCUAUUGAAAACAUAGAAAAAUUCCAUGGGACUAACAAAAUUAAAUUGAUGUAUUCCCAAUUGAUUGAAAACCGCAAAUCUAAUAAAAAAAAUGAGAAUAUGGAAGCUGUUCAACAUCUGCAAUUAAAACCUAAACUAAGACCAUAUCAGGAAGAUUCUGUUAGGUGGAUGUUACAAAGGGAAAGAAAAAGUAUUUCAUAUACAGAUGAUCUGCAUCCAUUGUACAUUCCUAUAAAACUGGAGUCUGGUCUUGAAAUUUACUUUGAUAAAUAUACAGGAUAUGUUACUUCUGAAAAACCAGUCAUUUCUCCAACUAGUCGAGGAGGUAUUUUAGCUGACGAAAUGGGUCUAGGCAAAACAGUAGAAGUUUUAGCUUGUAUAUUACUGAAUCCAAAGUGUCCUGAUAAAGUAGAAGAACUUACAUGUGAUUUAGAAGAUAUGCCAAUUGUAAGAAAGAUACCAAAAAAGAGAAACUGUAUAAUUGAUUCAGACGAUGAAUUAAGCUCAGAAAAUACAUCUCUAAUAAAAAAAUUGAAAGAUACAGAAGAAAGAGUUUCAGAAGAAGAAGAUGCAAUAAUUCCUAUAGUAAAAUUACAAAGAAAAAAACGAAAAAUGGUUAUUGAGACCAAAAAAACAGAUUACGCCCAUAAACCAAAACCACUGAAAAUACCAAAGGAUUUUGUACAGCCCGAAAGUAAAAAAAGUGCUACAUUCCUAGCUCUUGAUAUGUGGUACAAAAACAUUCUAUCAGAAAUCAGUACAGUUAAACCAGAGUCAUAUGAAGAUCCCAAUAAAAAAUCAGUUCAAUGUAUUUGUGGCAGUAUUUCUGAAGAAAGAAUUAUUAAGUGUUCUAAUUGCAUCAAAUAUCAACACAUAGAAUGUUUAGGAUACAAAAAAUCUCUUGGAAAAUAUAUUUGUCCGCAGUGUUGGAUGGAGGAACCUCUAAUAGAAUCAAAAGCAACUCUUAUAGUUACUCCUACAGCUUUAAAAACUCAGUGGAAAAAAGAAAUAUGUAAACAUAUUACUGGAAACUUUAAAGUUUUGCAGUAUCAAGGGUUUAGUGCUACUCCAGUAUAUCCCACAGAGUUGAAGGAGUACGAUGUGGUAUUAACUACUUACAAUGUAUUACAGAAUGAACUUAGAUUAACAGAAAAUGGACAAGAAUUUAAUUUAAGGAAAGCAAGGAAAUACUUAACUCCUGGAAGCCCUUUAACAAGAUUAAAAUGGUGGAGACUAUGUCUUGAUGAAGCACAAACUGUAGAAACUCCAGGUCGUAUGGUGUCUGCAAUGGCUAGAAAAAUUGAAGCUUUUUAUAGGUGGGCAGUUACUGGAACUCCUAUUUCAAAAAAUAUCUCAGAUCUUCAAGGAUUAAUAGACUAUCUUCAAAUUAAUUCCUAUUCUGACAUAACCGUUUGGAAUAAGAUCUUGUAUGAACCUUAUUUGGCAGGUAAUGAACAACCGUUGCUCAAUUUUUUGUCAGAUGUUCUUUGGAGGACUGCAAAAAAAGAUGUGACAAAUCAGAUAAACAUACCCCAACAAACAUACUUAGAGCAUUUGUUGGAGUUUUCAGCUGUUGAAAAAUAUUUCUACAAAAGGGAACACGAAUUGAUCUGUAAUGAUUUUUUAUCUAAAGUUAGAAAGUAUGAUUUAUCCAUACAUCUUGAAAGUUUGGAUAAGAGUACAUUGAAAAAGUUAUUGGCACCUUUAUUAACGUUAAGACAUGCUUGUACACAUCCAAAUACUGUACGAGGAAGAUAUUUAGCCACAAAAAAACAAGUUACAUCGAUGAAAGACCUUUUAAAUGCACUUAUUUUAAAAAAUACGAACGAUAGUGAAGAUUGUCUGAGGUUGAUCAUCUCAGCCUAUAACGGUUUAGCUGGAAUCCACAUUUUGGAAAACUCCCAUCAAGAAGCUAUCAACAAUUAUAGACAAGUGCUUCAAUUAGUAGCCAGAUUUUCUGGUGAUAAAUGUGAAGCAAAAUUAACAAUUGAUAAACCACAAGUUAUACAUACUUUGUAUAAUUUAGCAGAAAUAAUAAGUAUUUAUCCUCCAGAACAACCAACUUUAAGGGAUGAAAACUUGAAAACUGAUUGUAUUGAAUUGGAAAGAAAGUAUAUGGAAAAGUUUAUCAGUGAUUCUACCAGUGCUUUUGAUAGCUUCAGUGCCAUUAUGUUGGAAAUAGAAAAAAUGCAAAACCAGUUUUCUCUGAAAGAUGGUCAGUGGUAUUCAGAUGGUUUGGAUUGGCUAUUUUUGAAUGGUCAUUAUAAUGAACUUCUUAAUAAAAUCCACAUGGCAUGUGAAAAUGCGGGUGUGCCGAAUAAUUUGAGGAAUACUGAUGAAAGGCAGCUACUUCGAUCAAUGUGUGUAUGGGAUGACGAAAUAUUUGAAUUGAGAUCUAAAUUAUUUGAAGCUGUUGAACUUCUGUAUGAUAACCAACCGGAAAGCGUCCAUAAAAUAAUUAUCAAACAAGAUCUUGUAACGCAAGCUAUGAAUUGUCAUUUGAGGCCCCAGAAAAAAAGCAGACAAGCAAACAAGUGUUCAGUGUGUGUAGCCAACGAUCAUUUGAAGAAAUAUGAAAUAAAGUUGUUUUGUAUGACUAAAAGGGAGAAAACAUUUGAAGAAAUGUCGCUGGUAGGCAGUUGGAAACCUACGUUGCAAGAGUUGGUAUUUAGAGCUAUUCAUAGUGCCUUAAGAACAAAACAUGCCAAAACAGAAUAUGUUAAAGAUGGAGAACUUCAUAUUAACAUAAUAGAAAAUUUAAAAAAGGAAUUUAAAGAGUUGAGAAGACUUUGGACGUUUCUUGAUCAGCAAAUUUGCGCUAGAGAUGAAUUAGAUAUAUGCAAAGUUAGAUUACAAUUAAAAACAGAUAAGGAAAUACAGAAAACUGAUAAAACGUUGAAAAACCUAACGUAUGAGUUAGAAAACAAACAUGAAACUAUAAAUUUGUUAAGUGUCCAUGAAUUGGAUUAUCAAAUGUGUUUAUUGGAAAAUGAAGUUAGACAAAACACAGCAAAACUGGAAAAGCUGCUAGGUACUCAGAGCUAUCUAGAAACAUUAAGAAAACAACAGUAUGAAGGUCAAAGUCCGGACCCUUGUCCAAUUUGUAAAAAUACACUUGAACAGCAUUGGAGCAUUUUAUUGUGCGGGCAUAGCUACUGUUUAGAAUGUAUACAAGUACUUUUGGAGCAGACCGCCGGUGACCACAUACAAUGUUCAGUAUGUAGAAAUAAACAAAAAUAUCAAGAAAUUUCUUACAUUAAAGCUGGGACUACUGUAACAGAUGACGAUUGUAAAAAAAUUAAGGGUAAUUAUUCCACGAAAAUAGAGGGUGUCAUAAAAGUGUUACUGGAUUUAAAAAGAGACGAUACUGAUGUUAAGGUUUUGCUAUUUUCUUCUUGGUUUACUGUGUUGAAGUGUUUGAAAGAGGCGCUGAUUAAGAACAAUAUUUCCUGUGAGUUAGCGAAUAACGGUACUUUGGAUACUAAAAUUACAAAUUUCAAGGAUCCGUUAAAAAAAAUCAUGGUACUACUUUUACCAGUUAAUUUAGGUUCGAAAGGUCUAAAUUUAAUUGAAGCUACUCAUGUUAUUUUAGUAGAACCCCUAUUGAAUCCUGCAGAUGAACUCCAAGCCAUAGGAAGAAUUAAUCGAAUUGGACAAACAAAAAAAACAUAUGUUCACAAAUUUCUCAUAAAAAACACCAUCGAGGAAAAUAUUCAUCAAGCUACAACAUCAAAUGCGGAAAAAUGGGAAAAAAGUUCAGUGACGUUAAGACAUUUAGUGGAUCUUUUUAAUACUACCGAACUGAACGAUGAAAUAAUAGAAGAUACGCAAAUGACAGAAGUAACUUUAGAACAUUCUACUGAAAAUUCGAUAGAUUCGACUUUGGAAUCUGCGGAGGAGGAUGAAAUAGAAGAAAAUGAUAUACAGUAGUGUUUACAUCAAAUAGAUAGUGUCAAAAAUAAUGAUGUAGAUUGUACUAAGGUGAUGUCUGUGGAUCUCAAUUUAAGUUAAGAAACAUUUUUUCAUAUCUUCAAAAAUAAAGUUUUAUUGUACUUAUGAUAAUUUAAAUUAGGUAGCAGUAUUUAUUAGAAGUUUUAAUAAAAUAUAUCUGAUUUUUAUAUAAUGAUCCUUUUUAUCUAUCAAAUAUUCUCAAUUUAUUGCUUUUUUCUAAAAUAAGUGAAAUAUGAGAAUGAAACAGAAUGUAUGUACCAAAACAAUUUUUUCGAGCCAAAAAAAAACUAUCAAAAAUCCACAAUAUUAAGUUUUAUUAAAAUUUUAUAUGUUUCAGUAUAUAAAAUAAUAUUAUUUAUCUUCUUCGCUUUCCAAUCUACUUUUCGGUGCCAGAUGAGAGUUCCUAUAUGUAUCAUAUCCUUAUAGUGUAUUUUCCAUGUCAAUUCCUCUAAUUUCUUCUCUUUUUGUUCCCUGCUCUUUUAUUUAAUUUAUUAAUUUCUCUCUUGGUCUCAUUUUCUCUUUGUUCUCAGUUUUUUUUAUUUUUUAUCUCUUCAUACCUCCUUUGGUUUCUCCUCCCAAUUUUUCCUCUUUUUGCCCAAUUUAUUUAUUUAAUCUCUUUAUCUUUUCCUUGGUUAGUCCAAUUCUUUCUCUUUUUUUUUGGAUUCAUUCAUUUGAUCUAUUAAUUAUUUCUUUAGUCUCUCUCUACAAUUCUUCCUCUUUUUUCUCCUGCUUCUUUAUUUGAUCUCUUCAUUUAUGCCUUGGUCUCUUUGCUAUGAUUGUCAUGUUUUUCAUUCCUAUCAAAUUUACUCGUGUCUACAUGUUUCCUUGUCCUAUUUUUUUGCAUUGGUACUGUUAUCCCGUUAUAUAUUUGGAAUUUUUAGCCUCAGUAUAGUCUUACUUAGCGCAUUGUAAUUAUUUAUUGAAAAAAAGUCAAUGAAGACUUAGGUGAUGUGUGACCCAUGUGUUUCAAAUUUCCAUCUUACUGGUAGGUUUUUCAAAUCUGCUUAUAACACCAUUAACAAUAUUGCAAUAACUAUUAACAAAACUAAAAAAGCUAACAGUGUAUUAUCAAAUAAUGCAUACUCUCAUGAUGAGUGGAUUUUUCCCUAGUUUAAUUUUUUGUAGUUACCCAUGUAAUUGUUAUUUACACUCUAUUUUAUGCUAUUUAUACAUUCUUUUAAUUUACUAGCAUUAAUCAAUAAAGAUUUUAACACUUAUUAGUUGUAUAGCAUUCCUUGGUUGUGUGCGUUGUCAUUUCUAUAUUGUCGAGUUUUUUUAUAAUAUUAAAAUGUACUAAGUAAUGGACAUAGUUUGUAUGAAUUUUGAAAAAACAAUGAAUUACUACAAUUAAAUUGUCUUUUAUUUGCUUAACAUCUACAAUUAAUGAGAACUAAGUUAAUGUCAAA